AUGAAAACGCGUACGCUAGCCGACGCGACUCAGGCGACGAAAGCCGUCGACACAACACGCAAUUCUCGCAUUGCUCAUACUAUUCGCCUGAUUUCAGACGCACAAAUGCCGGCGGCGAAAAAGGCGCGAUGUUUGAGGAAUUCGAGGAAUGCCGAAAAAAAAUUGAAGACCGUUGAGAUCGAGAAAUCUGACGAUUAUGAAAGAAGCAUACCUCGAGAAUCAAUAUCACCGGUUAGCGUCGAUUCGUCAAUAAGUAAAAUUUCGAUAAAAAAGGAGGAAUCUGAAGAUGCCGAUUUAAAGGAGGAACAGACCGUUCGAGAAAUGUUCAAAAACUCGAGAAAGUACGCCGAACGAAAACCGCGAACAUGCCAACGACGAAAAUCGCCAGUGAGUCUCGAACAACGACGAGAGGAGAGUUCGCGAAAUUCGCGAAACUACACAGAAAGGAACCGACUCGAAAUCGCAUUUUGUCGCGAACGAUUGGAAAUUGAGCGGAAGGAAUUGGAGAGAUUGUGCUACGAGGCCAAUGAAUAUUAUGGGACCAAUAUCGAGGAUCAAAUAAAGCAAAAAGGGCGAACAAAUUUCGCGUCGGCCAAAAGUCGCCUACUCCAACGAUUAACGAGGUCCGAAUUGAAACGCGAGUGUUAUGUAAUACACUGCGCCGCGGUUAAUAUGGAGAAGAAGGUGAUCGCGCUUCGGCAGUGCAAAGAAGAUUUGAAGAAUAUUAUAUGGAAAACUUGCCUCGAAAAAUACAAGAGAUUAUUCGAAACUUGCCCAAUCGGAAAACUGGACGCAAAAUGCCAAUUGGUUUGGAAAGGGAUUCGCGAUUACUUCAACGUCGAGCACGUCAAACGAGAAGCGGUUCUCGAGGGUCUACAAGAUUUGUUCUCGGAGGACAUGGAUAUCUCGUCGAAUCCGGCGCUUUCCGCUCAGGAGGCCAUUUUUAAGUAUCUAAUGGAGCAGCACAAUUCGAACGCGAAACGAAAAGAUAACAUGACGCGGUAUUCGGCGGCGGGCGUCAUCAAGUGCCUGGAGACCACCAUCUCGAGCCCGACCAAGACGGAUUCUCCCGUCGAGCCGACUUCCAGUGUGAUUGAGCACGACGUUCCCGAGCCGGCUUUGGAAAUAACGAUAUCGUCCGAGGAAUCGCAGCCCGCCGAACCGUCGCCUCCGCCGGCCGUCUCGUGUCCAGUGGCCGCUCAGCCGCCGCCGCCAACGUCGACGGCGGCGGCACCGCCGGCGCGAACUCCAUUCUUCGGAAGAAGCGCGAAUGGUCUUGUUCGAAUAUUCUACAAGCGGCCUUUGCCGAACAACAUUCGCCCGGAGAAUCUAGCGUCGGCGUCGCCGCCGCCGUCGCCACGCACCAACAAUGGACUGCUUCCCGUGAAGCGGUACAUCGUGAGAAAGGUGAUCACCAGGAAUGGUGAGAUCACCGCCUCGACGAACCCGACACGACUAAUCAAAUUGGAUAAAGGAAUGCCGGAAUGGGCCCAACGAGCUCUCACUAAUGGAUGUCAGAAGACGUCAAAGUCUUGCGUCACCAAUAUCACACAAAAAACCGAUCCAAGGCUUUUACCUGUUGGAUUGGUGCUCAAAAACCGAAUGAAAGAGCAACAACAAAUGCGGCAGCGAAUGGAAAAUCGGCUGAAAUUAUAA